AUGAAUGUUAUGACACCAACACCAUUAGCUGAGGCGGCCAUUAAACUGGCAACAGCAACAAUUUCAAUGUUGCUGCCGGACGCCACUUGUCAUUUUGGCGGUCAUCACCACCACCAAGUGGCUGUGGCGAAUGAGUCAUUCCCGACAUUGCCACACUCACUAACGGCCCUUCAACAAGCGCCUAAAGUCAACAAUGUCACAUGCAAAUUUCGCAUACAUGCAACAGUUGCAUGCCACAAUGCAAUGUUGCAAUUCGCGAUGAGAACAGCGCAAACCGUGGGAAUGCUUGAGAGCGUCGCAUUUGUGAUAUUACAAGUACUCAGCGCUGGGCCUUGUCAAGCGCUCAUGAACGAGCACCAGGAGACAGCUAAUAGUGUAAUAUUUCUACGUCCACAAGCCGAAUUGGAUGAGAAACCAUGGCUUUCGGGUGUACAGUGCCUAGAAGCAUACACGAAGAUUACUUUUAUAAGUCGAGCGCAUCUAACGCGUGCCUAUAACGUGCUCAUAACGAACAGCUACAACAUAUCUUCGCCAGGCUUGGAGAUACAGGACGGCAUCACGAAACUAUUGAAUGAGGUUAUUAGCCAAAGUAAUGAACGGGGUCGCCGUUUCUACCAGCUGCGCACUGUAUACAACAACAAUAAAUACGUGAAAUUGAAAAUCAGCGACAGCGCCGUCAUCUCCACUGAUUACUACAUCAUUAUUGUGGACAGCGCGGACUUACUGCGGCAGCUCAUGAGAGAUUACAUUAGUAGAAUGAACUCAUGGAAUCCGGGCGCACGUUUCCUUUUACUGUACAAUAAUUCAACACGACGAGACAGCGAGCACGCGGUGGCAAUGGAACUAUUCACACUUUUACAAAAACAAUAUUAUGUGCAUCAAAUCGCACUGCUCUAUGCUACAGCCGAUCUCGACUACUCGUUUUUGGUAAUGGACUAUUACAACCAUGAGAACUGUCGCACGAUUCGUGUGUCCAAAAUAGGCGAAUGCACGAAUGGGCAGCCACAACCGAGCACGGCUGAGGUAAAGAGAAAGUUACGCAAGUUCGAGCGAGACAUCGAGAUAAAAAACUGUACGUUUCUAAUGUGUGCGGCCAUUGCAGCGCCGUUUGUGGAAAAGAACUGUCACGCGGGCAUCGAGUUGCGUAUUAUAACCUUCAUGCGCAAUCGUCUUAAAUUCAAAAUCAAGCAAUCAUGCAAGCGUGAUAACCGCGGAGUACGCGAGGAAAAUGGCACAUGGACUGGCCUACUUGGCAAGUUGAUCGACCGUAACUGCGAUUUCAUACUGGGCGGCUUCUAUCCAGACAACGAAGUUAAUGAAGACUUUUGGGCUUCCACCUGUUACCUCUCCGAUAGUUACACUUGGUACGUAAAGCUAGCUGAUCCAAGACCAGCAUGGAUAGCACUCUAUCAAAUUUUCCAAGACGAAACAUGGAUGUGUUUCUUGGCAUUGCUCUUACUAACUUGGCUAUUUUGGUAUUUCUUCGUUAACGUAUUACCGGAACCGUCAGAUCACAAAGACUUGUCGUUAGCUGGUAUAAAUGCCAUGGCGGUCUCCAUCUGUGUGUCGGUUGAAGAGCGUCCUGAGUGUUACGCUUCACGUAUUUUCUUUCUCGCCUUGACCUUUUAUGGUAUGAACGUUGUUGCGGUCUACACAUCCCAGCUGAUUUCUGUGUUCACCGAUCCUGGCUUCCUGCAUCAAAUAGACACUCUCAAAGAAGUAAUCGAAGCUGAUAUACCGUUUGGCGGGCCGGAUGAGAACCAGGACUGGUUUGAAAAUGAUGAGGAUAUGUGGAUCUUCGAAAAAUACAACGAUUCCAGUUUAUUCAUACCAAAUUCAGCCAAUCUUCGUGCUGUAAAAAAUGGCAAGCGUGUGCUAUUAGCAAGCCGCAUGUAUGUAUUGCAAGACAGGCUGGCCGAUCAGAUUUUCGCAUUCCCACAAAAUGUUUUCUCAACACCACUACAAAUCAUAACAAAGGCCGGCUUUCCGCUGAUACCGGAUUUUAAUUGGCUGAUUGGCGCUAUGCGAGAUCACGGCAUAUUCCAGAAGAUUGAGCAAGACUUUCACUACAACAACACGUACCUGAAUAGAAUAUCGCGCAUGCGACCGGAUUUUAAAAAGUCCACGAUUGUUCUCACCACCGAUCAUCUGAAAGGACCCUUCGCCAUAUUAAUUAUAGGUAUUGUGGCUGGCAUAAUUUUAUUUAUAUGUGAACUCGUUUAUUACUGGAUAGCAGCAACUUGUUUGAAUAAGAAUACUACUACGAUGCAGUCCAAGAAAGCGCCCAGAGGUAAGGGCUCCAAGCGUACAAAGAAGUCUUCGAAAACUAAAACUAAAUCUGCGCGUACUUGGUGGCCACUGAAGAAACGCUUUAGGAAGGCAAAGAAAAAUAGCGUAAGACAGCAAGGAAAGAUAAAAUCCAAUAAUAAUCGACAAAUUGGUCAGCAAAUUUACGAAGUGAAUGCUGUAAGGGAUAUACGAUUUACUCCCAUCAAACGGAGAUAUGUCGACUUGCGUGUCUUUUACUAA